CAACUGGCGGAUGUACCUCUUCGACCUGACCUUCCUCUCCUCCUACGACUGGCGCAUAACCCACGGCCUGUCGCACCACAUCUACACCAACACCUUCUACGACUUCGAAGUUUCCAUCCUCGAACCUUUUUGGGAAUUCCUGCCCAAACCCGAGAAAACGUUGCUUCAGCGCUACGGAAGUUACGUGUACGAGUACCUGUUGAUCCCGGUGGCGUUGUACAUGGAGGCCCUGAAGAGGAUCUGCUUCGUCGCGUCGGGGGAAGCGCCUCCGAGACCUGAGAACCUCCUGCCCGUCUUGGAGCUGGUUGUCAUGGCUCUGCUGGCGCCUUCCUUCGGUGCAGCGCUCUGGCUGUGGUUCGUGUUGCACCUUGCUUGCAGCUCAUGGUUCACGGGAGUCGGCCUUGUCGUGGCACACCAUCACCCAGAAAUUUACCAUGAGGGGGACGCCAUGAGGGAAGAUCGUGACUGGGGCCUGUGCCAGUUAGACGCAGUUCGAGACAGGGUCGAAAUAACAGGAAAUCUGUUUUUGGUGGCAACUACCUUUGGCGACCACAGUCUGCACCAUCUGUUGCCAACCGUGGACCACUCUAAGCUGAAGUAUGUUUACCCCGUCUUCUUGGAAACGUGCAAGGAAUUCAACAUACCCUUUUCCUUCUUGAGCCAGUGGGAUAUGGUGUGUGGGAAGUACCUGCAACUUGCGAACAAUAAACCUAAUGACAGUCCUCCGGGUUUUAAGAGCAAAACAAGCUAAUGGCAUUCUGGAUGUAUUGUUAAGAAAUUUGUUUCGUAAUUUGAUUUCUGCCUUUUUGUCUGUUUGUGUUUGUCUUUUGUUUUGUCAUUCUCUCUCUCUCUCUCUCUCUUUCUCUUUCUCUCUUUC